AUGACCUCGCCACUGUGGCUCUGGUGCUUCUGCGCUUGGGUGGCCGCCAGCUGGCCGCCAGGAAGCGCCCUACAGCUCCAGCCAGGCAUGCCCAAUGUUUGUGAAGAACAGCUGGUGACUGUGGUGGGACUGGCGCACCCCUGUGUUCGGGCCUUCACGCACACCGCCAGGCUCUGGAAACAAGGCUGUACCGGCCCWCCCUGGUGCAUGGGUUAUGAAAGAAGGACUCGGUACUAUACCAUCUACAGGCAGGUAUACAACAGGGAGUGGCAGACAGUCUACAGGUGCUGCCCUGGUUGGAGCCGUUGGGAUGAUGAACCUGGCUGCCUACACCCCAUGUCUGCUAUGGGAACUCAUUUCAACAGUAGGAAAUGCUCAGAUGGUGAAGUCCAGAAUUGCCAGUGUUCACAGGGAUUUCACGGACCCCACUGUCAAUAUGAUAUAAAUGAAUGUACUAUUGACAAUGGUGGCUGUCAGGACCAGUGCUGUAAUACAAUUGGCAGUUAUUAUUGCAAAUGUCAAGCUGGCCAGCAGCUGGAAGAAGAUGGCAGAGGAUGUGAAGAUGUCGAUGAAUGUGCGGUGGUGAAUGGAGGCUGCCAGCAGCGCUGUAUUAACACUCUGGGCACCUUCCACUGUGAAUGUGAUACGGGAUACAGACUCCAUGCUGAUGCACGCACCUGCAUAAAGAUGGACCCCUGCAUAGGUGGGAAUGGAUGUGCUCACAUGUGUCAGAGUGAGAAUGGCGUGGCCAGGUGUGCCUGCCACCCAGGGUACCAGCUGUCUGAAGACAAAAAGGCCUGUGCAGAUAUAAAUGAAUGCACCGAAGGGCUUGCUCACUGUGGUCAUCGCUGUGUGAACUCAGUGGGGUCCUUCACUUGUGCCUGCGACCCUGGCUUUGAGCUGGGAGCUGAUGGACAUCAGUGUUACAGAAUUGAAUUGGAAAUUGUCAAUAGCUGUGAAAAGAACAAUGGUGGCUGUUCCCAUCACUGUGAACAUGCAAUUGGUGGACCCCUUUGUUCCUGUAACCAUGGACACCAGCUUGAUUCGGAUGAGAAAACGUGCAUAGAUCUCGAUGAGUGUGAGAACGGAGAGGCCUGCUGUGCCCAGCUCUGCACCAACUAUUUAGGAGGCUAUGAAUGCCAUUGUCAGGAAGGCUUUCAGAUCAGUCUGGACGGUUGUGGAUGUGAUGCUUUAGAUGAUGACGAGCUGGAGGGUGAAGAAGAGGAAUUAGAAAUUGUGAGGUUUCCAGGACUUCAACUCCAGAGCCCACCUCAGCUAGGUCAUUAUGUUGCUACUGCCCCGGCUGCCUCUAAUGAAGAGGAAGAAGAUGAGGGAGAAGAGGAAAAGGAUUUCCAGGAACUAACUGCUUUGCAUAAAGUUGCUUGUGCCCCAGGGACAAAUGGGAAAGAGUGUGACAGCAUCUGCAAGUGUCAGAAUGGAGUCACCUGUGAUCUUCUGACUGGACGGUGCCGGUGCCCCCCAGGGGUUCAUGGGAAGACUUGCGAAGAUGGAUGCCCAAAAGGGUUCUUUGGGAAAAACUGCAGAAGAAAAUGUAACUGUGCCAACAACGGCCAUUGCCACAGGAUAUUUGGUUCCUGUAUGUGUGAGGCAGGGCGCUAUGGGAGAUUUUGUCAUCUGAACUGUCCCAAGGGGGCCUACGGAGCUGGCUGCUCUUUGGAAUGUCAGUGUGUGGAGGAGAACACCCUGGAAUGCAGUGCCAAAAAUGGUAGUUGCACCUGCAAAUCUGGUUACCAAGGCAACAGAUGCCAGAAAGCAGCUGCUGAAUAUACUUUAUUGGAAAAUGCUUCUGAGAUUCCCACUGUGAAAGAAAAUGAGUUGAAACCUGCCCUGAUGGCCUCUGGGGACCAGAAUGCAGGUUCUCCUGUGGACCCUGUGAAAAUGGAGGUCAGUGUGACAAAGAAACUGGAAACUGUACCUGUGCUCCUGGUUACAUGGGAAAAUCCUGCACAAUGUCCGAUGUUGCUACUGUACCUCACUGGUAAUGACAGUUCUCAGAGGGACCAUGAUGCCAGCCAGUGUACCUGCCUGUCCAACUGGACCCAGACUGAUGACAGAUACUGGUGCCCAAAAGGCACUUAUGGCCCAUAUUGCCAAAUGACAUGCAAGUGCUUAAAUGGCGGCAGCUGUGAUACCAUGAUUGGCACCUGUAACUGCCCUCCUGGCUUCAUCGGAGCAGACUGCAGCCAAACUUGUCCUGAAGAUCACUAUGGUCAGGAUUGUGUCCAAAGGUGUUCCUGUGGUGCAGGACAGUGUGACCCGGUGACUGGAGGGUGCCAGUGUCCCCCUGGACAAAUGGGAGUCAGGUGUCAGCAAGGAUGUCCCCAGACAAGAUAUGGCACAAAUUGUGAAUUAAACUGUAACUGUAAAAAUGGUGGACUUUGUAAUAUCGAGGACGGAAGCUGUACCUGUGGUCUUGGGUGGACAGGAAAUUAUUGUGAAAAAGAAUGUUCUCCUGGUUAUUAUGGCCCAAACUGCUAUUUUAAUUGCACAUGUCGGAACUAUGGAAUUUGCAACAGGUUUUCUGGAAGCUGUGAAUGCCUCCAAGGUUAUUAUGGACAAAGCUGUGAGCAUGCAUGCCCACCUGGUUUUUAUGGCUUGAAUUGUGCUCACAUCUGUGACUGCAAAAAUGGAGGCAGCUGUGAUAUAAGAAGUGGACAGUGCAUUUGCCCAGCAGGUUUUCAUGGCAGCCAGUGUGAAAAAGAGUGUCUGCUGGGAAUGUUUGGAGAUAACUGCCAUCAGCUUUGUGACUGUGAAGGAAAAAGUUACUGCCAUCCAGUAACUGGGAAAUGCCUUUGCCCACCAGGGAGAACUGGAGCUCGAUGUGAAGCCGAAUGCAAGCCAGGCCAGUAUGGAUGGAACUGUGCUCUGGAGUGCCAAUGUGCUCAGGGAGCUACUUGCAACCCUCUCAAUGGGAACUGCACUUGCCCCUCAAGGAGGAUGGGUCCAACCUGCGAGGAAAAUGGUUUGGACCAUCCUCAGUAA